UAAACCCAGUCCCUAGAACCUUCUACCCAUCCAGAACCCCUGCUUCUGGCGUUUAACAAAGAAAAACGUAACACUCCUCUCUAAACCCUAACAUCACAGUAUUCUUUUUUCUUCUUUUUUUUUUUUCUGCAGAGAAGAGUAGAAGAAGAAGGAGAUGGCGAAGCGCUUGAUUCCCUGCUUCAAUCGCAUUCUCGUUGAGAAAAUCGUCCCUCCCUCCAAGACAAGCGCCGGCAUUCUCCUCCCUGAGAAGUCCUCCCAGCUUAAUUCCGGUAAGGUGAUAGCGGUUGGGCCUGGAUCACGUGACCAGGCAGGGAACUUGAUUCCGGUGUCCGUGAAGGAAGGUGAUCACGUGCUCUUGCCGGAGUACGGUGGCACGCAGAUCAAGCUCGAUGACAAAGAGUUCCAUUUGUUUAGGGAUGAGGACAUCUUGGGUAUUCUGCAUGAUUGAUGUUGUGAAUGUGAUGCCUCCUAAAACAUGCAAGUUGCGAUUUACCUGAAAUUUUUUUUUGUCUUAGUUUAAGAAUGCAACUUGUUACAAACAUUUGAGAGGGAUUUGUUUUUUAGGAAUUUAUAUCCUGUUUUGUAUUCUAAAAAUGACAAUGGGAAUGGUGCUUCUUCUAGUCUUC